CCCUGCGCUGCCUGAGCGGCCGGCGCGUCCCGGCGCUGAGGGUCCCGUCUGCCUCGGUCCCGAGGUCGCUGCUCUCGGCUGCAGAUAUUCCAGGUGCUGCAACAGUGUUUGCGCUGUAUGGCUCCAGCUCCCGGCCAAUGACUCCUGGACACUGCGAGCCUGAUCUGGACUAGAGGGAUCAUCUAAGCCAGAGUUUUGCUCUGAAUGAGAAAUAGUUUACCUGGAGAUAAUUUAUUUAAAAUAUUCACAAACUAUCUACUUAAGGAGAUUUCAUUUACUCAAAGGUGAUUCAUGUCUUCUGAGAUCAUGAAUCUUCUGAGAUUCAUGUCUUCUGAAGGACAGUCAGUCCUUCAGACCUGGGCUGUGCAAUCUUGCACAGGAAAAGGUGGACAAAAGAUGAAUCACUUCAUGCUUCUGGCAGUACUGCUCCCCCUACAGACUUGCUACGCUACAUACUCACAGCAAGAAUCCAGUGUGUUUCCAGUAACUUACCUUAACGUUUCCAAGGAUUUGGCUCUCCAGCGGCUGCUAGUGGAAUGGGAUGUUGUCAAGUCAGCACAUGAUGCUAAGCUGGCAAUGUCUUUUGAAAUACAAGUCAAUCGAACAGAUGAAAAUACUUCUGCUACUGUGUCGACAGAGUUUUGUAAUGUUACACUUGAUAAAUUAGGAAAGCCUCUUCAUUGGAUAUGGUAUUCAGACAUACCUUUGGAGUGUAUGUCUCAUGCAGUGAGAAUCAGGAGCAAAGCAGAAACAUCAAAAAUCUGGAGUGAGUGGAGUCUGUGGGAGACUGUCUUGGGCUUGGACACUCCAAAUAGCAGUGAACCACAAAUCUUUCCAAGUAAAAUAAUUUUAGAGGAAGGCUCUGAUACGACUUUUUGUUGCAUUGGAAGGAAAGGUCAAAUCAUUAAGGAAUUCUCUGUGCUCCCAGCUGUUCGUGUUUUCAAUCACACAAGCAGUCGACUCGGACUUCUCACUAUGGAAAAUGUGAGACAUCACGAAACGCCUCACAUCCAUGUCUGCUGUUCUUACAGUGAAAAUCGCUGCCCGGCUCAUGCAGCUUUCCUUGUGGGUAGAGCACCUGAUACACCUAAAGAUAUUUCCUGCCAAACACAAGACAUGAGAAUAAUAACAUGUACUUGGAGCCAAGGAGGAAGCACCUAUCUUUAUGGAAAGUAUUCAUCAAAGUACACCUUGUUUGCAAAAUCUUCCCAGAGAAUGGUUCAGUGCACACAAAGUUGUUCCAAGACGUGUGCAUAUUCUUGGGAGAUAGGCCAGCAGAGCAUCUGGAAUGUCACAGUGACUGUGGAAAAUCCACUGGGAAAGAAAACUGCCAUGGAUGUUUUUAAUGUAAAUCACAGAAUUUAUCCCAUGGCACCUUUCCAGGUGUUGGAAAAAUGCACAGAUACAGAAAUCACAUUACAUUGGAAUUAUCAAAGCAAUGGAAUUGAACUCUUUUGUCAGACUGAAGUGCUCCACCCGGAUGGGAAAGUUGAACUGCACAAUAGCUCAGACAUGCGUUCCCCUCACAGGAACAUCACUGUGGGUGGGCUGCAGCCCUACACGGAAUACACAGUGAGGGUUCGCUGCGGGGCAGCAAAGCAUUUUUGGAGGUGGAGUGAGUGGAGUGAAGCCCGGACUGUCAGAACAAAGGAAGCAACUCCAUCAGGGAAACUGGACAUGUGGAGAGAAAUUACACCAGUUCUAGGGGGAAGGAAUGUGACCUUGUUCUGGAAGCAAACACCAGGUUUUCGAGCAAACGGAAGAAGUAUUUCAUAUGAAGUAACUUGGGAAAAAAUAGAAGAUGGCUCCAGGCCUGAAAGCAUCUCCUUGUCAUCAGUCUACAAUAGCACCAGGAUUUUCAUUGAUAACCAUUCCUAUAAAAUCAGCAUCAUGGCAAUGAAUGAUGUUAAUUUUUCACUUCCUUCAGUACUGGUCAUCUCUAGAGCUACAGAUAACAGUACUGAAGAGCUUAAGGAGGAACAGGUUAAUGGUACAGAUGAUGGCAUUUUUAUUUCCUGGAAGCCCAGAUAUGUAUAUGACAGUUACGUUAUUGAGUGGUGUAACUUUCCAAAGUUGCGGCCUUGUGAUUUGCAGUGGAAGAGAUUUGGGCCCAAUACUUCCAGUGCUGUGAUUAACUCAGCUGUCUUUGUUCCGGGGGUGAGAUACAACUUCCACAUCUAUGGAUCUGUUGCUAAUAGAGCCUCCUUACUGGAAAAGAAGACUGGUUAUCUCAGGGAGCUACCUCCUCUUCUUGACCCUGUUGUGGACAAAGUUGAACUGACUUUCAAUGCAGUAACACUGUCUUGGGAUUCUUACCUCAUAAAUGAGUCACAGCCUGGUUUUGUGAGAGGCUACCAUGUCUAUGUGUCACCUAUACAAGAGAAUUGCAGUUUAAAAGGAUCAAAAAAGCACAUUCUUCCAGAUAAUUCAGAGCUAUGUAAAUACACAAUUGAAAAUCCAGAAGAAAAGAGAUACACUGUGGAACACCUGAUGUCAAACACGAAAUACAAACUAGGGGUUAAAGCAUAUACAGGUGGAGGAGAGACUCCCAUUGAUAACUUUAUAUACAUAGACACACCAUAUAACUAUAACAUGCUGUACUUCCUAUUCCUGCUAGUGAUAGUUCCAACCCUAGUAGCAGCUAUAUGCCACUGGAAGAAGAAGUGGGUGAAGGAGUGCUGCUGUCCUGCAAUACCUAGUCCUAACAAGAGCAAAGUGCUGUCAUUCAAAGAGUUUAAGAUUGGUUCUGAGAAAGUGCUGAAAAUAAAUGACUGCAUUCCUGACACGCUGGCUGUGGGCAAUAAGGCUGAAGCCCAGAAAUUACAUCCGUGGAGCAAGUUGUCUUCAAUACCAACCGAAGACAAGACUGAUGGUCACAAUUCGCCCUGGAUUUACCCGAAGGAAAAUGUAGAGAGAGACCUUCCACCCACACCUACCUCUCAAACUCAUAAUUGGUUUGAAAAUUUUGCUUAUUCUUCUCAUCUUGAUGUUGAAUCUGAUCCCUAUCAAACACCGGAGACACUGGAAGUGAACAAGACAGAGCUGGUAGUAGGGCUAUACCAGCCACACUGCUAUAUUGAUAUUUUUAAUGAGGACACAGCCUCAGCAACCAGAGAAACAGCUGGCACAAAGAAUAGUCUGAGAUAUAUCUCACAGAGAGAUGUGCACUGCCUGGGGAGAAGGCUUUGAUGUACUCUCCUCCAUUCAGUCCAUCCAGUGUUUGAUUACACAAUAUAGAUGAGAACUUCUUUUGAUUAGGGCUCUCACAAACUCAACUGCCCUACUUUGACUAGUUUUCAGUACUGGCUUACACACAGGAACAAUGUGUGUUAUGGUUUCAUUAUAAGUUUAUGGGGAUUAUUUAAGAUUUAUAGGCUGUUUUGUGGCCUGUAUUGUGUAGAAAGCUAGAUCACAGCAGUCUGUCAUAGCCUGAUGCAGAGAACUGCUGUAUUUGACAGAGAUAAAUUUAUUCAUAGAGGAGCAAGUUAAACAAGGGGAUAGGUUGUUCUGCUCAAGGAAUUUAUUUCACUUGCAGUACGCUACUACAUGCUCUGGCCACCCCAGCCAGGGGUGCUGUGCUGCUGGGAAUGGAGCAUUACCCAGCCCAGUGAUAGUGAGGGGUGGGUUUUAUUUUCUGUCUCUUAAGUGAUGUAAGGAAUCAUCAUGGAAAGGUUACCUGCAUACAGUGUGGCACAUUACUAGAAGAUUUGAAGGAACUCUGACUUUCUCUAGGAGAGCUGCCCAGAGCACCAAAAAUCCAGUAAUUGCCAUGCUUUCAUUGCACCUGCAUCCUAACGGCACUUGUUGGGUGAAAGAGCACAAACCCCCAUAUUUUUAUAGUACAAGCCCCUGCCUCCAUUUCUUGUCACUGGAGCUCCUCACACUUCUGCCUUCUCUGUUUGGAAGAAUGACCCUGUAAAAUUGUCUUAACUAUACACUAAAGAAAUGUGGGGAGCUAGGUGGGAAGUUCUUUUUGCAGCAGGAAAGCUGUUUGCAGAGGUGGUACCAUGCACUGUCUCUCUGCUUUUGCACGUGAACUGAACUUCUUUUGGCAUUAACUCCUGUACUUCCAUAGCAAACCCCAAACCACCAACCAUGUAAGGAAACAGGGUAGUCAGAUGCAUAGGUGUAUGUAUCCCAUUUGUGAAGAAUGUCAUAUUCAGGCUGCAUCAGCUAGAUCUCCCAACACUGCUUUUGCAUGUGUUAAAAAACCAAACCAAACCAAACCAACAAAAAAACCGAAACCCAAAACCCCAGACCAAACCAAACAAAAACCAACCAUCAAUGAAAUUAUUUUAACAUUCAGAAUCCCUACAGUAGGCAACAGUGAACUUGGUCUUUCACUUUGAUUUCAAAAAAUCAUAGAUUUGUAAUGAUGCAGUAUAGUUGGAACUGUAGCUGAAAGUCUCAUUAGAUUAACCUCCUCAGUGCACAAGGAACCCUUUAGUUUUUCAUCCUUACAGUGCUGUUUGGAAUGUGUCACAUGGUUUCAGCUUAGGAGCAUGGAAUAAGCGGUUAUCAAAGGUGAAAAACAUGGAAGGUCUCUGCCAAUUUGAUCUUCAGUUAGUGCGCAGUCACUUGUCUUCCCUGUGUUUAACUAGCUAGCUAAUCACACUUCCUAGGAACUAAAGCAGCUGCAGGCACAAGUGAGUUCUGAUACUGAACCACAUCUAGUUUUUACACGGUUGAUUACAGAUACUGUUGUAAUGUCCACAAGCUAUGUUGCAACAGGAAAACCAGUAAGACCUUAGCCUAUAGCUGAGACAAGCACUCACUGCAAAGAGAGAGAGGUUUUCAGGCAGAAAAAGGCGAGGUACAGACAAAGGUACAAACACAGGGAUGGCCAGCUGGGGUCAGAGGUGUCCAGUCCAGCACACUGUGCUGUGUGUGUACAGAUGGCACACAGACUCAUUUGACAAGUAAAGAAAAAUUACAGCAGGGUCCUUCCUGUCAGCCUUCAGCCAGUGGAGUAAGGAAAUGUGGCUGGGCACAUUUUGCUGAAGGGUAGUUUGACAAGAGAAUGUAAGGGAGGAGGCUGAUGCUGUUCAAUGGAAACAUCCUGGAGAAACUUUUCUUCCCUUUACCUCUGGGUUACGGUGCAUUUGAAACCUUGAUACCACAGUAUUAUUACAGCUUGGAACAUUUCCUUCUCCAAAGUGUUUCAUCACAUUGUAUGUACUUGUGUAGUUUAAAAGUUUUGCUGCUGGAGAAAAGGCCAAUAAACAGAAGGGAGCUGUUCUGUCACUAUCGAUAUAAAACUUCUGAGCUGUGCAUUUCAGAAAAAGGCCUGUUUAUUCAAAAAAGUUGAAAGGUACCCUAAAUCAAGAGUUAGGUAGCUAAGGAAUUCUGACAAGUCAGUCAACAUCCCACUAAACAUGUUAAAAUUUGGCAUUGCUGCAAUUCCUUGUGUCAGAGGGGACAGCUGCAACAAAGCACAAAUCCCUACUUUGAAGAAGCUGCUGUCACUGGGGCUUGGCUGCAGCAAUUCCGCCCAGGAAGUGAAUGGAGGAGUGUGAGUGUGUGUGUGCGGGUUCAGCCAGUUGUGCCUUCCUGAUGGUGGGGUGAGACACAUUAACCUGUUCACCUCUCAGCUCCCUUGGUCUUUCCUAGGGAGAUCCUGCGCUGCUGAAAUUUCAUUAUCUGGACAAAAUGAAACACUUGACUGGGUACCAGACUGCUGGGUGAGCUAAGGAGAAGCCAACUGCUCUUUCCCUGUAAACGCUUUUGAUUCCUGGCCCCGAUGGGUGGUGCUUUGUGAAACCACCUGUGCAUAAAAGCGCACAAACAGAGGAUUCCAGGGAGGAUAAUGCCCCUGUGCCAGUCAGGAGGUGCAGUCUGCAUGCCAGAACUGAAGAUUAGGAAAGUAUUUUUGCAUGGCUGGGGAAGCAUGUAUAAUUUUUAUAUACUAAGACAUCUGUCUUGCAUUAAUGGUUGAAUGAGUUCAAAAGUGUAAUCCUCUUUUUUUUUUUUUGAUAAUUCAACUCUCACAGCUGUUGUUGAAAUGCUAAUACUUAAACCAUCACAUAAUGGAAAAGUAUUCUCAGUAUCAGCAUGAUAAAGUUUUAAAAUAAAAAUGGUGUGCAAACUA